CUCAUAAGGCUCUCUCUCUCUCUCUCUCUCUCUCUCUCUCUCUCUCUGAUCUCUCUCUUCCGUAAUCUGCUGAAAUGGCUCAGGCAGCUCUCUCAUUCCCCUGCGCUGUAGGAUUUUCUCCGCAACCCAAAACUUCCUUCCUGUUAUCCUCUUCCUUUGUCAUUCCGACUACAAACAGCAAAUCAAAAUCCAGAAUUUACGCAAAAUUAGGUAAUCUCGAUGGAGAUGGAGAAACAAAGCGUCCGGAGAAGAAGUUCAUAACCAGAGAAGAAGAACCAGAUCAAUAUUGGCAGACAGCAGGAGAGAAGGAAGGAGAGAACCCUAUGAAGACUCCAUUGCCUUAUAUCAUUAUCUUUGGCAUGUCUACUCCAUUUAUCAUAUUAGCUAUUGCCUUUGCUAAUGGCUGGAUUAAGGUGCCUAUUAGGUGAAUUAAACCGGCUUGUCUUUGCCAUGAGGAAUAUUGUAUUUCAGCAUGAGAAAUGAUCAUUUUGCUUCAUAAAAUAUGAUAUAAUAAUCAAGUUUUUUUUGCAUUUUCAC